UUGAAGAGGAGCAGGGAGGGAGGGCACAGAGAAACAGCAGGACAUUGUGCUCGUACACCAGGCACUGGGAGACACACUCAAACACGUUCAUGCAUUCACGCAACAACACUGCCGUGCACACAAGCGCAUGCUUCUGCCCACUGGCACACAGACUUGCGCUGGCAUCUCGGAGGGCAGCCCCAUCUCCAGUCCAGUCCUGGGUGUCGAAACGGAUCGACCCCCUUUACUGUAGUUCAGCUUAGCUCAGAGACUGAGCCGUCCCUCCUUUCCAGUCUUCCCGUGGACUAAAACUGAAAUCUCAGGGACGCCAUUCACAACUUCAAGCAUCUACAACUGAUCAACACAAACAAAGGACCAGUGACAAUAUCCAGUGAACCAAGGGGACCAGAGAGAAUCCACUGUAUUUCAUCUGAGGACACCUAACCUGACGCAAGCUGACCUACAUCAACGUCAUCGCAACCAGACUGAGGAUCCAGUAGUUGUGGACGUUUUGCAGUACUGUAGACUGUCACAUUUCUUUACGGGACUGUAAGUGGGCCCUCUGCAACAGACAAAUAUAAAACCAAGACAAAUCCAACCCAAUUCAAACAACACCAUGGCUACCACGGGCAUGCAGUUGCUGGGCCUAAUCCUGUCCCUAAUGGGCUGGGUGGGUGGGGGAGUGGUCUGUGCCCUCCCCCUGUGGAGGGUCACUGCCUUCAUCGGUAACAACAUAGUGACAGCUCAGAUCAUUUGGGAAGGCCUAUGGAUGACUUGCAUUGUGCAGAGCACAGGUCAGAUCCAGUGUAAAGUGUAUGACAGUUUACUGGCUCUGCCCAGUGACAUGCAGGCUGCCCGGGGCCUCACCGUGUUCUCCGUCCUGCUCUGUGGUGUGGCUCUGGCCAUGGGGGUUGUGGGAGUCAAGUGCACCAAGUGCAUCGGUGUAAACAGCCUCAAAGCCCGCGUUGCUCGCAUCUCUGGAGCCCUUUUCGCUAUCGCAGGGUUCCUCUACCUUGUGCCCGUCUGCUGGACUGCUCACUCCAUCAUCAAGGAUUUCUAUGACCCACAUGUUGCAGCUCCACACAAGCGUGAGCUUGGUCCUGCCCUUUACAUCGGCUGGGGGGCUUCAGCUUUGCUCCUUAUCGGAGGGUCUCUGCUCUAUACUGGGUCAAGUCCUCCCGGUAUCCCAGGCUCUCCCACUUUUAGCAGUGGAGAAAGUAGUCCUCGCAGGGCACCUGCCUCACAGGUCAAAGGUUAUGUCUAAUUCCCCAAAACAUCUGAUUGCCUUCAAGUCUGACAAACCUGUUUUCUCUCCCAUUGAUUUCCCCUCCUGUAAUGAUUUUAUAUUUAAUGUUAUUCUUCUAUUUUGCUUUUUUCUUUGAAAAGCCACAGGAGGCUGUUUAGGGAAAAUCGAACUCAUUCUAUGACUCCAUACCUGAUACCCUCAAAUAACACAUUUCUCUGUCUGUCAGUGUAAAAUACAAUAAAGUUUUUGAUUGUCCAAAUCUUCUAGUGAAAGAAUGCGAGUGUGUGUGUCCACAUUUUUACAUACAUAAAAGCCAUUAAACACUCUCACAACCAAAUGAAGAUGCAUGUUUAAGAAGGCCAAUAUUUGUUUGUCUCGUUUAUGUAAAUGCAAAUAUGUGUUCAGCUGUGAAGAACAAUAGAACAAUAGGAGUGUGUGUACAUUUGCUUGUGGCGCCAUAUUAUGAGUGUGUGUGGUCCAUUACUUUCCAUCUCCUAUCCCUCUCUAAGCUGACACAUACUUGGCACAAUAUAUACUGUACUAUAGUUAUGUAGCUUCUUUUUUUUAUAAUACAAAAAUAUUUCUCAUAAUAAUCAAGACCUAUAGCACCAUUUAAAGCCGCCUCCCACCAACAUCACACCUGAUAAGCUAAGAAAUCAGUGAAGAGGGUGAAGGCCAUACGAUCAUCAUAAAUAUUAUCACAUGAUAUUAAAGCAGCUCCAUUUGGAUGUGUCCUGUGAUUUUUCAAAUCUGUCAGAUUUUGUCCCUAAUUAGUAGUAAAUGAUCAUCCUUGGUAAAAAUGAAACAUAAUUGUUGUUUUUGUGUGUGUGUGUGUGUGUGUGUGUGUGUUGUAAACCAAAUGUAAACAUUUACAUUGACUCCUUACAAAUAAAUGCCCUGUCUCCUUUUAACAACAAA